CCGCGGCAGCCAUGUUGGACGUGGCCAGCACACGGGCCGGCACCAGGGGGUUACCGAAGCAGCUGUCACGAUGCUGGGGUCCCUGGUGUUGAGGAGAACAGCGCCGGCGCCGCGGCUGCUCCUCCAGCUGCUUAGGUCCCCAUCACUCCGGAGCCGUGGGAGUGCUACCGACCGGAGUGUGACCACCGGGGAACGCGGGGAGCCUCAGUGGCUGAGGGCAGCCAUCGGGGGGCGCCCUGGAACAUCGCGGGCCUUACUCACCAGAGGAGGGGAAGCCACUGGGGGGCGCCAGAGAGGAGGUACCGAGACCCCCUGCCUCGCAGCCGCCACGUGGGGACGCCUUCCUAGCCCCGAAGACACUUUGCCUGGACAGGACAGCUGGAACGGGGUCCUCAACAGGGCCGGAAUGGGCGUGUGGGCGCUGGCGACGGUGCUGGUGGUACACUGUUACAGCAAGAGCCCGUCCAACAAAGAUGCAGCCCUGAUGGAAGCUGUUCGAGCCAACAAUGUCCAAGAAGUCAACAGGCUGUUGUCGGAAGGUGCUGAUGUCAAUGCAAGGCACAAACUUGGCUGGACAGCACUCAUGGUGGCAGCCAUCAACCGAAACAACAGUGUGGUGCAGGUCCUGCUUGCAGCUGGUGCUGACCCAAACCUCGGGGAUGAUUUCAGCAGUGUUUACAAGACCGCCAAGGAGCAGGGAAUCCAUUCUUUAGAAGUCCUGGUCACCCGAGAGGAUGACUUCAACAACCGGCUGAACAACCGUGCUAGCUUCAAGGGCUGCACAGCCCUGCACUAUGCCGUCCUUGCUGACGACUACCGCACCGUCAAGGAGCUGCUUGAUGGAGGAGCUAAUCCCCUGCAGAGGAAUGAAAUGGGACACACACCCUUGGAUUAUGCUCGAGAAGGGGAGGUGAUGAAGCUUUUAAGGACUUCUGAGGCCAAGUACCAAGAGAAGCAGCGGAAACGUGAGGCCGAGGAACGGCGCCGCUUUCCCCUGGAGCAGCGGCUGAAGGAGCACAUCAUUGGCCAGGAGAGUGCCAUCGCCACAGUAGGUGCUGCGAUCCGGAGAAAGGAGAAUGGCUGGUACGACGAAGAACACCCUCUGGUCUUCCUCUUCCUGGGAUCAUCUGGAAUAGGAAAAACAGAACUGGCCAAGCAGACAGCCAAAUAUAUGCACAAAGAUGCCAAAAAGGGUUUCAUCAGGCUAGACAUGUCUGAGUUCCAGGAGCGGCAUGAGGUGGCCAAGUUUAUUGGGUCCCCACCAGGCUACAUUGGCCAUGAGGAGGGUGGCCAGCUGACCAAGAAGCUGAAGCAGUGCCCCAACGCUGUGGUGCUCUUCGAUGAGGUGGACAAAGCCCAUCCAGAUGUGCUCACCAUCAUGCUGCAGCUGUUUGAUGAGGGCCGGCUGACGGAUGGAAAAGGGAAGACCAUCGACUGCAAGGAUGCCAUCUUCAUCAUGACCUCCAAUGUGGGCAGUGACGAGAUAGCACAGCACGCGCUGCAGCUGAGGCAGGAAGCUUUGGAGAUGAGCCAUAACCGGAUCGCCGAGAACCUUGGGGAUGUCCAGACUAGUGACAAGAUCACCAUCUCUAAGAACUUCAAGGAAAAUGUGAUUCGCCCCAUCCUAAAAGCUCACUUCAGGAGAGAUGAGUUUCUGGGACGAAUCAAUGAGAUCGUCUACUUCCUCCCCUUCUGCCACUCGGAGCUCAUCCAACUCGUCAACAAGGAGCUGAAUUUCUGGGCCAAGAGAGCCAAGCAAAGGCACAACAUCACACUGCUCUGGGACCGUGAGGUGGCGGACGUGUUGGUCGACGGCUACAAUGUGCACUAUGGCGCCCGCUCCAUUAAGCAUGAGGUGGAGCGCCGUGUGGUGAACCAGCUGGCGGCCGCCUACGAGCAGGACCUGCUGCCAGGGGGCUGCACUCUGCGCAUCACUGUGGAGGACUCAGACAAGCAGCUACUCAAGAGUCCUGAACUGCCCUCACCCCAGGCUGAGAAGCGUCCACCCAAGCUGCGGCUGGAGAUCAUCGAUAAGGACAGCAAGACCCACAGAUUGGACAUCCAGGCACCACUAAACCCUGAGAAGGUGUGCCACACCCUUUAGCGUCUACCUACCUGCCUAUACGUGCCCUGAACACCUAAUAAAGCCCCCUUGGCUGUGGCAUAUGGUAACCGACCUACCUUCUCCUCCUGCCUCUCACUCCUCUCUAAAGUCAAAAGCAGGAAUUUUGCCCUACCCUGAUCCCUUCCUUGUGGGCCCCACAUGUGCUAACAGGUCUCUGGGAGAGGAGCUGCUCCUCCAUCCCCUUCAAGGCAGGGGGAAGAGGGAGGUCCCUUAUCUCUGUCCUUCAGCGUGAUCCCCAUGUCCCAGAGUCUCUGGAACUUUAUCAUGUUUCCUGGAAGCUCAGAAGUACAGCAGCUGAGAACAGAUCUGGCUGGAAGAAGACAGGGACCAGGCUGUGACCUGCCACCCUCUGCUGGCUCUCAUGCAACUGAGUCCCCAGAAUGUCUCCACUGGGAAUGGAGAAGAAUGCAGAGGCCCAGGCACAGAGGUUCUGCAUUUAGGCCAUAGCUUCCUCUUUCCCAAGCCCUAAAAUUUCAAGGGAAAGGGACUCUCAGGGACACUACCGUGUCAUAGCUACUGUUCCUCCCCACCCCGUGUUCAGAGGUCAGACCAGACCAUGUCUCUCCAGCCUUGGAACUAAGCCAGCAUAGGGCAUCUUUAGGAGGAAGGCUGACUGGGCACUACCCUGCCCUACAUGGAGACUGGACAGAAGUUACCAAAUGACCAAGCAAGGUCAGCUCUACAGGGCCUCCUUCAGGAGACCAACUACAUAGACAUUGGGGAACUGCAGGAGGAGGAAUCAUGGGGUCGGGCUCUGCCCAGAUGGCCAUGGAGCCUGCCUCAGCCCCGUCUAUACUGUGGUCCCAGCUAAGUGAACCUGGAAUAAACAGCUCCCCUGUGCAGUCUGCACGUUAGUCACUAAGCAGAGGGACUGCACACCAUCCCCCAAGGCAUUCCACGGACCAGACAUGUUCCAGCCUCAGCUUAGCAGGGCACAGCAAGGCUUGGUACAUCCUUGGGAACCAUCUGCAAUAGCCACCAUCGAUGACCAUGUCAUCACCCUCCCCCUGCAGGGCCAUUUUGGAACCUUCCUUUGGUGUUACAAAGUCUCUUUCAGGAAGCAGAAAAUGGGGGCAGGAAUCUAAGUCCCUUGGGUGAUGACAACAUGGCGGGUGUGAGGCAGUCAGAAGCCAGAAAGUGGGCUCCAGCAGAUGCUCCAGCAAUCACUGUCCAGCCCCUCAAGGAGUUGUCUGCUGCUUCUUAACCUCAGUGACUGCCAUUCUUUUUUUUUUUUAAUUAAUUAAUUUAUUUUUGGCUGCGUUGGGUCUUUGUUGCUGCACGCGGGCUUUCUGUAGUUGCGGCAAGCGGGGGCUACUCUUCAUUGCGGUGCGCAGGCUACUCUUUAUUGUGGUGUGUGGGCUUCUCAUUGCAGUGGCUUCUCUUGUUGCAGAGCAUGGGCUCUAGGUGCACAGGCUUCAGUAGUUGUGGCACGUGGGCUCAGUAGUUGUGGCUCACGUGCCAUUCUUUUUUGUGUAUUAUUGUUGUUUUUUUUUUUUUACUUCUUGUUCUGAAAUAAUUUUAAACUUAUAGGUAGUUGCCAAAAUAAUAGAGUUCCCAUGCACCCUUCACCAGCUUCUAAUAUUAACAUCUUUAAAAAUUAUUAAAUUACAGUAUAUUUAGUAAAACCAGGAAGUUAACAUGAUACAGUACUACUAACUCAUCUGUAGACAUUCACAUUUUGCCAUGUUCCCCACUGAUGUCCUUUUUCUGGUCCAGAAUCCAAUCGAGGAGCCCACAUUGCAUUUUGUUAUGUUUUCUUCAUCUCCUUCAGCCUGUGACAGUUCGUCUGGCUUUCUUUGCCUUUUAUGACCUUGACACUUUUGAAAUGUCCAGAUCAGUUAAUUUGUAGAAUGUCCCUUAAUUUGGGUUUGUCUGCUGUUUUCACAUGAUUAGAUUGAGGGUCUACAUUUUGGGCAAGACUAGCCCACAAGUGAUGCUGUGCCCUUCUUAGUGCCUCAUAGCGGCGGCACAUGGCUGAGGUGUGUGCCAGUUUCUCCACUGUAAGUUUACUAAGUUCCCUUUGAAAUUAAUAAAUCUCAUGGAAAGAUAGGAGCUGUAUAGAUGUCUUAUUUAUCCUUAGAAUUUUGGCCACUGAUUUUUAGCAUUCAUCAAUGGUUCUUACUUAUAACAAGCAUUAAUAUUGUAUUUGCUUAAUGAUGACUUUCUCUUUUCUUAUUCUAUCUAUGUUUAUUAAUUGGUAUUCUGUAAGGAACAGCUGUCUCUUUUCCCCCAUUUAUUUAUUCAGUAAUUUAUUUAUAUCAGUAUAAACUAAUGGAUAUUUGUUUUAGUCUGUGGGUUAUAACCUAAUACUAACAUAGUUUAUUUUUUUGCUCAUUUGGCCUAGAUUUGGCCAUUGGGAGCUCUUAAAUUGGCUCCUGUGUUGUUUCAACAUUGCCCCAUCAUUUUUUUUAGUAUUGCCUUACUUUCUGGUACCACAGGGUGUUCCAGGCUCACUCAUACUUUUCUUGUCCCAGCCCUGGCAUCAGCCAUUUCUCUAAGCAGCUCCUGGUUCCUUUUAUUUGAGAAUGGUACUUAGAAACCAAGGUGGUAUAUUCAUUGCUACUGGAGUGUCAUUGCUUCUAGGCCUUUUCAGCACACAAAGCUAGGAAAUAUAUGUGUGUAUGUUAACACAUGUAUCACACACAACUGAUUUUAUUACUGUAUCUGUCCAUCAGUAUAUUAUUAAAAACCAAGAGUCCAUAUUGAUGCCUACAGUUCUAAUCCAACACCACAGGGUUUGCAAUUUGCCCUCAUUAUUAUGACUUUACUAUUCUUUUUCUGCUUCUUCCUCUCCUGCUAUCUCUGUUUCUUCUCCUCUCACUCUGUUUUUUGUUCAGACUUCCCUUAGAGGCUCUAAUUAAGUCAGUCGGUGACCAUCCUAUCUGGAACGUUCCUAUUGGAUAAAGUUCUUAUGCUUGGCUGUUAGUCCCUUGGUUCAGUCAGCUGUGGCCAGGAGCAGCAGACAUGUAACUCAAAGCCAGAUAAUUUUUGUACAAGAAAACCCAAUGGCCACCUUUCUGAGAAGAGGGUAGGGGACAGGGUAGACCCUCAGAUUCUGAGGAACUUGAGUAUCACUUGUAGGGAUUCUUAGCUAGACCUCCUUGGUGAUGUUGGACCAUAGCAUCCUAGGCAGUACUCAGCUCACUUGCAUUGUUCUAUGUAAGAACAAAUAGAGUGUAAGAUCCAAGAGGGCAGAUACCCAGUUAUUCCACUCACUAUCCUAUUCAUAGAAGCUGGCACAGAGCCAUCACAUGAUGGCUGCUCCAGGUAUUUGGAUGGAUGGGUGGGCCCUGCAGCAAGCAUAGACCUUCAUAGUGAGUCCCAGGACAGAACAGUAUCAUAUGUUCAUGGAGCACACAUUUGUCAUGUGUUUGUGGCCAGGCAGUAGAACCUGCUAGACCCUCAGUGAAUGGGGCAAAGUAAGACCCCAGAUACUUACUGAGUAUCCAGAAAUACAUGAGGCUGGACUUGCAAAUGAAAAUGUAAUAUCUUUAUUGUUCAAAAGGAAAAAUUCAAAGAUGUGUAGUGAUGGUUUUAGGAAUUUAGAAAAAAACACAUUUAAACCAUAGGAAAAUAGAAAAUGGAUCAAUUAAAGAUAAAACCUGAAGUUAAGGGCUUCCCUGGUGGCGCAGUGGUUGAGAGUCCGCCUGCCGAUGCAGGGUAUACGGGUUCGUGCCCCGGUCCGGGAGGAUCCCGCAUGCCGCGGAGCGGCUAGGCCCGUGAGCCAUGGCCGCUGAGCUUGCACGUCCGGAGCCUUUGCUCCGCAACGGGAGAGGCCGCGGCAGUGAGGGGCCCGCGUACCGCAAAAAAAAAAAAAAAACCUGAAGUUAAGUAGGAAUGCAAAAAACAAAAAAAGGAGAAAGGAUAAGAAGAAAACUAUUCUUUUUGAAAACACCAAUAAAAUAGAUAAAAUCUCCUCAGCCUGAUACAGGGAAAAAGCAAAAAAAAAAAGACCAAGAUUUGGAAUGAGAAAUCAGACAUAACCACAUAUAUGAAAGUAUUUAAAAUAAUUUUAGGAGAAGUCUGUGGCCACAAUUUUGAAAACAGAGCAGAUAGAUCAUUUCCUAGCAAACACUGACCCAAGUCAGUGGUUUGAAUAUGCCAAUUAGUUACCAAAAGAAGAGAUUGGAAAGGUGAUUAAAAUUUUAUCUUUUUAAAAGAUUGUUUUCUUUUACUUAAACUUUUUAAAUUGACAUAUACAUGGAAAAGUACACAAAUCACAAGUAUACAAUUCAAUGAGUUAUCCACAAAGUGAAUACCACUGUAGCCAUCAUCCAGCCCAAAAAAUAGAUCAGAGUAAUUUUUAAUUACUAUAUAAACUGCUUCAGAUCAUGGGAAAAGAUGGAAAGAUGCUCAGUUGAUUUUUAAAGGCCAGCGUAAGAUUAAUACUCAAACCCGAUAAACUGCCAAAAAGAAUGCCAUAGCUUAAUCUCAUCUACGACUAUAGAGGCAAAACUUCCAAAUAAAACUAAGUUAAAUUAUACAACAUAAUUACAUAAGUUUUAUUUCAGCAAUACAAGCCUCAGUAUCAGGAAAUUUAUUAAUAUAAUCCAUUACAUCGAGAACUUGAAGAUUAUUUAAAUGUAGAUUAAUAUUAAUUUUCUUAUUUUGAUAAUAGUUCUUAUGAUUAUGUAAGAGAAUAUCCUUGUUUUUAGAAAAUAUACAUUGAAAUAUUUAAAGAUAAAGACAGUUGGCAAAUGUUUCAGGAAGCUAAAUUAUACAUAUACACACAUACAGAAGUAUACAUACAGAAUGAUAAAGCAAAAGUAAAGUAUUCACAUGGAGGAAAUCUGAGUGAAGGGUAUACAGGAACUCUGUAUUGUUUUUGCAACUUUUCUGUAAGUCGAAAAUUAUUUCAGAAUAAAGUUUUUUUAAUGAAAGGAGAUGAACAUUUUAUCAGUAUAUGCUGAAAAAGCAUUUGAUAAAAUAUUACAGCUUUAAGUAUGAUUUGAUAAACUCCAAGUAAAAGAAACCAUUCAUCAAAAACCAAUAGCAAACAUUUUUAAUUAUAAAUACUAAAGCUACUUCUAUUAAAGUCUGAAAUAAGACAAGAGUCAACAUUGCUUUGAAAAUUCAGGUGAAAAUAAUUUGGCAAGAAAAGUAAGUAAUUGGUAUCUAUUGGAAAAUAAUAAAUGAUCUGGUUUUGCUGAUAUGUGACCGUGUUUUUAGGAGAUCUAAGAGGCUAUAAGUAAAACCUAUUAGCAUUAAUAAGGAAAUUUGGUAAGUGUCUGAAUAAAAGAUAAAUGUAUAAAAAUCAAUAGCUUUUUUCUAUUCCAGCAAUAAUCAACUAGAAACAAUAACAAAAGUAUUCCAUUCACAAUUGAAGUAAAUAGGUGUAUGUAUUUGCUCAUAUAUAUAUAAAAUACCUCUGGAAGAGAGAAGAAUUGGGCAGAGAAGAGACUGCCGUGGAAGGGUAAAUUCACUGUAUUCAUUUUUAUAAUUUAAAAUUUUGAACCAUAUUAAUGUGAUACCUAUUCAAAAUUAUAAAAUACUAAGAAUAAACAAGAAAAAAUCAUAUUGAAGGGCAUAGAACAAGAUCUGACAAAUGAAAAGACAUACCAGGUUCUUGGAAGGGUGACUUAAUAUCAUUAAAGUGUCAGUUCUUUAAUUAAUAUACAAUUCAGUGCAAGCAUAGUUAGACUCGAACAUCUUUAAUUUAAUAAAAUUAAAAUCAUGUUAUACUGAAGUGUCUAGUGACUUCACCAUAUGGAGCUACUGUUUUCUGGGUUAGGGAGAUAAUGAGUUACUACUGCUGUCAGUUACUAUUCCAUCUUGAUAGUACGCAAACUAGAGGAUAAGUAAAUGUAACUACUAUCAAUGUACACCCUAAAUAAAAUUAUGAGAGAAUAGAAAGAGAAGAAUUAGUGUCUGUGACUGGAGUGUAGAGAGUGUAUGUGAGUGUGAGGAGAAAGAAGAGAAAGUGGUGGGAAAUGAAGCUAGAGAGGUGAGUUUCCGGACUUCAUAGUGCCUUGAAUGCCAUGCUGAGGGGAUGAAAUGGCCAUAUUUGUGUUUUUAAAAGACCCUUUGAUUGUAAUAUGCAGAAUGUUUGGGGGUAACUUCUGACCAAUAUAUCAAUACAACAGACAGAGUAGUUCCAGGCAAACUCACUUCCUACCUCAAAUAUAGAAAUAUUGAAUACUGUGUAGCCAAAAAAAAAAAAAAAAGUUUGACACACAACUGGACUUAAAACUAAAAAUGGGAAAUCCCAGGGUGCCAGAAAUGAAUGGGAACCCAAAAGUCAGAGGGUUUUUGAGAGUGGAGGUCAAAGAGUUCAUAGAGACUUGGGACUCAGAUAUAGGCCUAAUGACUGAGUGCUAGGCCUUCAACACUGAAACAGGAGUCUCAAAGGACUACUUCCUUGUGAAAUGAAGACUAGAAAAACACUGCUCCUUAACCUGGGAAUCAGUAGGGAAAUACAAAAAAGUGUAACAUCACUCAGAGAUGUAAGUAGAAAGAGUCAGCUACAAAGAAACUAAGACAUUUGCUGUUUGUGAGAGUGUGGUCCAGAUUCACAGUACCCAAAUGUUACUGGAAUGUCAAGAUGAAAAACUAACAAAAAACUGGUCCUGGGCCAUAGGAUCCCUUAAAAGCAAACACAAAACUGCUCUGUAAGGAUAUUCUUGUAACCAAGUUUUCACAAAGGAACCUUUGGAAAAACAAGUCCUAUUGAAAUGAGCUUACAGGAAAACUUACCCCAAAUAAAGGAGGAGGAGAAGAGAAAACGAAAGAAGAAGAAGCAGACCACCAUGAAGGAGAGCAAACUCAGCAGAUGCAACAAGUGGGAGAAUUUGCACUCCAAGAAUUGUAGUAGAAGAAUCUGAAUUUAAAAGAAGUAUGUUGGAACUUUCCUGGUGGUGCAGUGGUUAAGAAUCCACCUGCCAAUGUAGGGGACAUGGGUUCGAUCCCUGGUCCGGGAAGAUCCCACAUGCCGUGGAGCAACUAAGCCCGUGUGCCACAACUACUGAGCCUGCGCUCUGGAGCCCAUGAGCCACAACUACUGAGCCCACGUGCCACAACUACUGAAGCCUGUGCACCUAGAGCCUGUGCUCCGCAACAAGAGAAGCCACUGCAAUGAGAAGCCCACGCACUGCAACGAAGGGUAGCCCCCACUCGCCACAACUAGAGAAAGCCCACAAACAGCAACGAAGACCAAACGCAGCCAUAAAUAAAUAAAUUUAUUUUUAAAAAAUUAAAAAUAAAAAAAAUUAAAAGUAUGUUUAGGGACUUCCCUGGUGGUGCAGUGGUUAAGAAUCUGCCUGCCAAUGCAGGGGACAUGGGUUCGAGCCCUGGUGCGGGAGGAUCCUACAUGCCGUGGAGCAAGUAAGCCUGUGCGCCACAACUACUGAGCCUGUGCUCUGGAGCCCGUGAGCCACAACUACUGAGCCCACAUGCCAAAACUACUGAAGCCCACGUGCCUAGAGCCUGUGCUCUGCAACAAGAGAAGCCCGUGCACCACAAGGAAGAGUAGCCCCCGCUCAGCACAACUAGAGAAAGCCCGCGCGCAGCAACAAAGACCCAACACAGCCAAAAAUAAAUAAAUAAAUAAAUUUUAAUAAAUAAAAAAUAAUAAAGUGUGUUUAAAAUAUUCAGAGAAAUAAAGGGAGGACUAGAAACCAUAAGGCAAGAGAGGACAGUAUGAAAAAAGAAUAGGUGAACUUGAAAAAAGAACCUUUGUUCUAGGUGGUUUUUUCAGAUUUAUUAACGUGUUUUUUUUUCCCCCUGAACAAUUUUCUCUACUGUGGUCUUAAUUGAUUUAGGUAUUAAAUAACAGAACCACAAAGUACUCAUAUUCUUUAAAGGAUAAAGAUUUGGGUCACCCACUGGGCUCCAAGGAGCUGACCUAGGACAAGGGAAAUACCCCUAGGGUUGGGGGAAGAGGGCAGUUACCAGUGUGCCACCCCCAGGGCCAUGAUCAGUUGCAGAAAUAAGGAAUGUACCCGCCACCACAAUCCUGGAACUCUUUGCCCACCAUCCUCCAAGAGUCGUUCCAGUCUAAUCCCAGCAUUCCUCACAGGUUUGUCAAAGUAAUUUCAAGAGGUCUGAACCUCAGUGGUCAUCUACCAUCACCUCAUCACAUAGUGUUCCCAACACUUCCCUGUGCCCCCCAGUUCUUCCUUCAGUAAUCAACAAAUUUUUCUGUAUAAGCAUCUUGUUGAAAUGUUUGCUCCAUCUCUUCACCUUUUUUUUCUUUUUUUUUUUUCUGUUACUGAAGUAUAGUUGAUUUACAAUAUUGUGUUAGUUUCAGGUGUAGAGCAAAGUGAUCUGGUUAUAUGUGUAGAUGUGUAUAUUCUUAUUUUCCAAUUCUUUUCCAUUAUAGUUUAUUACAAGAUUUUGAAUAUAGUUCUCUGUGCUAUACAGUAAAUCCUUGUUGUUUAUUUUA